ACGCACACACGCACACACGCACAUACGUCGCCCCGCCCCCCUUCCCAGACAUCGAGAAUGCUGUCUCGCUACCUCUCAGGACAUGCGACCAGCACUGCCCUGUUGCGUCUGGGACCGCGCCGGAUGACCGCCGCGGCCCUGUGCGCUCGGCCACUGACCGCCAUUGCCAGCGCAACUGUGACAACUCGCCGGGCCUCGACCACCCCGGCUAUCCCCCCCUCAAUGACCAUGAUCAAGCCCGGUGCCCAUUUGACCGAUCGGCGCCUUGCCAUGGGUGUGGCCCCCUCGAGACACUAUUCGUCCUCCGCUCCCGGGGCCGGUGAGGGUCCAUCCGGCCCGGCGCCGGUUUUCCGCCGUCGAAUCUCCACCCUCCUGGCUCCCUUCCACCGGAAUGUCGAUCCUACCCUGUCGAAGAGCCACCAGAUGCUGCUUCGGGCUGGCUUCAUCUCUCGGUCUGGCAAUGGCCUCUAUUCGCUGCUCCCUCUGGGAUAUAGCGUGCUGCGGCAGAUCGAGGCGGUUAUUGAUGACGAGUUGCAGAAGGCCCAAUGCCACCGCCUUUCCCUGCCUCUCCUUCAGUCCGAUGCCCUAUGGCGCAAGACCGGACGCUGGGAUACCACCGGCCCGGAGCUCUUCCGUUUGAAGGACCGCCACCAUAAUGACUACUGUCUGGCACCGACGCACGAGGAGGAGAUCACCUCGCUGGUGGCCGCACAUCAAGACAGCUCGGCCACCUCCCUGCGCUUGUAUCAGAUUGGCCAGAAAUUCCGGGACGAAAUGCGUCCCCGCUCGGGGCUCCUCCGCUGCCGCGAGUUCGUCAUGAAAGACCUGUACACCUUCGAUGCGUCGCCAGAGCAGGCGGCUGUCACGUAUGACGAGAUCUGCGCCAGCUAUGCGCGCAUCCUCCAGCGACUGGGCCUCGGGGACCAUGUCAAGGCUGAGGCCGAUACUGGGGCCAUUGGCGGCAGCAAGUCCCAUGAAUUCCAUGUCCUCCAUGAUGCCGGUGAGGACACCAUCAUCAGCUGCAACCAGUGCUCCUAUGCAGCCAAUGUGGAGAAGGCGGUUGGCCGGCACCCGCGCACGGACGCCGUCCCGAUCACGGGCAGCCUGGACGGGCUGAUGGAGCGCGAGCAGCUGGAAGCCCUUGACCGCCUGCGCCUGCCGGCCGGCUUCGACAAGCUCCCUCUGGCUGGUGGAAGCGCCUCGGAGCUGUCUCUGUCGCUGGUGCACUUCGAGCUGCCGCGCAAUGCCGGACCCGAGCAUCCGCUGGCCUCGCACGUUCCUGCCGCCGGGGUGGAGCACAGCUCCAGCGGUGCCAUGAGCCCCUGGGCCAAUCGCCCAGCCGCGCUGGUUAUUCAUCUGAAGGAAGACGAGAUCAAUCCCCUGCGUGUUAAUACCACCCUCAAUGUCAACAAUGCCGAGGUUGUUGGCCAGCAUGAUACCUUCUGGUCGACUCUCAUCACCCGCUACGGGCGCGAUACGUUCCCCAUUCUGGUGGACCGUAAUGUCUUGAUCGGUGAUGAUACGCAGGCUGCCGAGUCGGAGAAGGGGGACGGCGCCCCGCUGGUGAUUGGCGAUCUGGCCAUCGCCAGCCCGGGAGACCAGUGUGCUUGCUGCGGCACGGGUGUACUUGGCCAUCGCCGUGGCAUCGAAGUUGGUCAUGCCUUCUACCUAGGAACAACCUAUUCGGCACCGCUGGACCUCGGCGCGUCGGAGAAAUUCGCCUUCAUGGGCUGCUAUGGUCUCGGCGCCACGCGCCUACUGGCGGCUAUUGCCGAGGUGAAUCACGACGCCAAGGGCUUCGUGUGGCCUGAGGAGGUGGCCCCCUUCCGGGCGACGAUCAUUUCCACCGAGGCCAAUCAGGAGGCUGCCAACCACCUCUACGAUAUGCUUGGCCCUCGUGGCGGAUCAGCCCUCUAUGGUGGCGCCAUCCUUGAUGACUCGGGUCAGCGCAUUGGCUUCCAAUUCAACCGCUCAAUGGCCUCGGGUAUCCCCUACAACAUCGUUUGCGGGCGCAUGAUCGAGCAUCAGGAGGCUGGUCGGUUUGGCGGCUUUGUGGAGAUUGAGUGCCGUCGUACUCUGGAACGCCGGUAUGCUGCCUUUGGCGACUGGGACAGUAUUGCGGCGGUCGUCUUCUCCGGACGCGGGUUCGCCGCUGCGCCACAUCUUCUUGCCACCCCCCCCGCCACUGCCUAGAUUCGCCAUCCCGGGAAACGUCAUCCUGCUCCUGUGCACCCCUGGGAGAUCGCCCGCAAAUAGAGACCCCUGUGUUCUUCUGCAUUGUCCCCCUUCGACAUGCCUGGCCCGUAUGUCGGAGGGCGGGCCUGAGGGAGGCGCGAGACAGGAAGCAAG